UCCUCCUACCACUUGACAUUAAGGAAUAUAGCUGCAACAAUGGCGCCGUUACCCCUUUUUCAUCUUACCCUUUUGCCACUAAUAAUCUAUAAGAUCGCUCUUUCCUCGGCUGCGGUGGAUCCCACACAAGGGUUCACCCCUCUUCCGUUAGAUAAUUCAAAUUUUGUUGUCCAAAAGCCUUACGAUGUUCCCGUUAACAAGCGCUACAGCUUUAUAAAUGGCGUGCACAAACUCUGGGUUUACUCCACAGACAAGCCUCACACACCUACCAGCAACACAGAGCCACGAACUGAGAUUCGAAUCAGUGGAUACGAUUAUACAUCUGGUGUAUGGCAAUUUGAAGGGUAUGGUUACGUGCCUAGUGGGACGACGGGGGUAUGCAUUAUGCAAGUGUUCGGUGGAAGCUCCUCUGCCACAUCCUUGCAGCUGAGGAUCUAUGAUGGUUCGCUCACUUCUUAUAGGUCCCCUGUUCUGGCUCGGAACAUCUACGAUAGGUGGUUCAGGGUGAACGUGAUCCAUGAUGUCGGUGCCUCCAAUGUCAAGGUUUAUAUUGAUGGAGAGCUCAAGUACGAUGGAGCUGACCAUGGACCCGACACUCACUACUUCAAGUUUGGGGUUUACACACAGAAUGAUCCUUCUAACUACAUGGAAUCUCGUUGGAAAGACAUCAAAAUUUUUAAAAAAUAGACUGCUUUUGUUUCGGUGCCAAAUUCUAAUAAGACAAGCAGAGGGUUUGGCUAAUUUAAUA